UCUACUUACCGCCAUGAGGACAGCAGCAGCUUUCGUUUCCCUGUGGGGCCUCGCCUGCCAGCAGCAUGUGUGCGGCUUCGUGGUGAACAACCCGGCGCUCAGACAAAGGAGCUCACACGGCGCCGCCGCGCGAGCAACUUCAGCUCUCAGCAUGAAGGCCGGCCCUAACCCCAAGACGUGGUACCCGCACUCGGUGUCCAUGAUGCCCAGCCCGGACGACCCGCCGGAGGUUGACCCUCGCCGCAAGGACCCCGACCGGCCGGCCGAGGCACCCCCGGUGCGCAUGCCCGUGGUGGACGUGGGGGGCAGCCAGAUGGACGUUAUCUCGAGGCUGCUCAAGGAUCGCAUCCUUCUUUUGGGGCAGCAGGUUAACGACGAGGUCGCGAACGUGCUGGUGGCGCAGCUGCUGUACCUCGCCAACGACGACCCCGACAAGGACAUCACCCUCUACAUCAACUCCCCGGGGGGCUCCGUGUCUGCGGGCAUGGCCAUCUACGACGCGAUGCAGUACGUGCCGUGCGAUGUGUCUACCGUGUGCUUCGGCACGGCGGCGUCUAUGGGGGCCUUCCUUUUGGGCGCGGGGGCUAAGGGCAAGCGCCGAUCGUUGCCGAACGCGCGCAUCAUGAUCCACCAGCCCCUGGGAGGGGCUCAGGGGCAGGCCGCGGACAUCGAGAUCCAGGCUAAGGAGAUCCUGUUCAUCCGCUCGCUCCUUAACUCCUACAUGGCGGAGUACUGCGACCAGCCCGCCGACAAGAUUCAGGAUGACUGCGACCGCGACUUCUUCAUGACCCCCGAGGAGGCUAUGGACUACGGGCUCAUCGAUGAGGUGGUGACCACUAAGACCAGCCACAUCGCAAAGCCAGCGAUGCCCAGCCUAGAGGAGGUCUUCUAAGCUCAUUUUUUUUUGCGUUCGUUGGGCACGCAUUUUUUUUGUCGUGGGUUUUUGUUUCCUGUCGCAGCCAGGCCAUGCGGCCAGCCGUUUGAUUGGCCAGUGGUGAUAUUUGAUUUUGACGUGUGUGCGUCGUUUUCUGCUCAAGCGGAGGCUGGUCGUCAUGGCCUCCGGCUGAUCAACCCACGCCGAAAGAGGAGCGGUGAAAUCCGAAGACACCCGGGCCAUAUAACAGCUGCCACUUUUGCGGAGCGGUUGCCCGUGUGUGAACGUGGUGCCUGGGAUCAAUUUUGUCGUGUGCGUGGAAGUGUGCUUGCUGCUGCGGCGUCUGCUGCUGCUGCGGCGUCUGCUGCUGCUGCAGCCCAGAAUCUUUCGAGCGGUGCAGGCCAUCUGCUUGACUUGGGCACGUCAGCCCGUCUAUCGCGAGAUUGUUUGUCGUCAAGGCAUCGCCUCUGCACUUGGCCCCGAGAUGGCGGUAUUAUAGCAUUUUUUCGGCGGGCCUUCUCGUUGUAGGUUGUCAGCUGGCGUGAAGGUUCUUGAUGGAACCCGGAUAAUAACCCGCCCACUUUCCGGCUGGGGUGGCGCGGGAUACCGAGGCUGGAACCGGGUAAACGUUCGAGAAUGGUCGGUAGUGCGAAGACAGAGGCAAUGACGAGGACGCAUGGUGGCAGCUUUCAAUAGCUUACGAUCGGCACAGACAGAACAAUGGCGGCCUUGUGCUUGCAAAUGAGAUCGGAUCCCCUUCGGAACCGACGAGGGUGUUGU